CUGUCGUAAUCAAACCCUGCCGGAAGAAGUCAUGUGCUGCUGUAGAAAGCUCGAGAUUCAACAUGGCCACCUGCAUGAGAAUGCUUGGUGCUUGCAAGUACUCGUACAAAAAAGGGGCAAUUGUUUCGAAAAAUUACUCCAGUAUGUUUACAACUGGGGCUGUUCGGUCUCUGGUGAACGAGACGUCUAGCUGGACUGGACUGGUGACUAAACGCUCUUAUUCUACGAGUGGUACACUUAGAAAAACCUUAUGCAACGGCGGCUUUGGUAACGUUAUUCCAUCAACGACAGGAGUUGGAAGGCUCGCAAAGCUGAACCGAUGGGCAAGGGCUACCAGUGUCUUCGCCGCCGAGAGGCAAGUUUUGAAUUCGGCUUCACCGUUCGACUCUGAUCAUCGGAGGUUGUUUGGCAGCAAAGGUAGUGGUGCCGGGUUUUCGGGGGAAGAUGGGUCGGAGAGCAGCGGGUCUGGGGGAGACGAGUCAGGGGGCGAUGGAGGAAUCCCAUACAACUCUCCCCAAAUGACAGCUCUCACCCCCAUGCUUGUGCCUGAAGUUUUUCCCAACGUGCCACUGAUCGCCGUCAGUAGAAACCCGGUUUUCCCGAGGUUCAUCAAGAUAAUCGAGGUGAAGAAUAAGCAGCUGAUGGAUCUGCUGAGGCGCAGAGUUCGAUUGGCUCAGCCGUACGCCGGGGUGUUCUUGAAGAAAGACGACAGUAAUGAGUCUGACAUGGUGGAGAGUCUGGAUGCCAUCUAUAACACCGGCACCUUCGUCCAGAUCCAUGAGAUGCAAGACUUGGGAGACAAGCUGAGGAUGAUAGUCAUGGGCCACCGACGGAUUCGCAUCACCAAGCAGCUGGAGGUGGAGCCAGACGAACCCACGCCUGUAGCCGAGGCAGAGGGGGCGGGGCAACAGCCCAAACCGCCACGCAGGAAACCCAAACGCUCGCGCAAGGACCCGCCUGCCUCGUCAGCCGAGGCGAUGGAGGAGAACGUUCUGGAGGCGGACCUGUUGCCGGAGGUCGUCCCGUUGCCCUCCUCGGACAUUCUAAUGGUGGAAGUGGACAACGUGGUCCACGAGCAGUUUGAGGUCACGGAGGAGGUCAAGGCCCUGACGGCAGAGAUCGUCAAAACAAUCCGUGACAUCAUCGCCCUUAACCCGCUCUACAGGGAGUCUGUGCUCCAGAUGAUGCAGGCGGGGCAGAGGGUCGUCGACAACCCCAUCUACCUCAGCGACAUGGGCGCCGCUCUGACGGGGGCGGAGUCACACGAGCUGCAGGACGUCCUCGAAGAGACUAAUAUCCCCAAACGUCUGUACAAAGCCCUGUCGCUACUGAAGAAGGAAUAUGAGCUCAGUAAACUACAGCAGCGUCUGGGCAGAGAGGUGGAGGAGAAGAUCAAGCUGACACACAGGAAGUACCUGCUGCAGGAGCAGCUGAAGAUCAUCAAGAAGGAGCUGGGCCUGGAGAAGGAGGACAAGGACGCCAUCGAGGAGAAGUUCCGCGAGCGUCUGAAGGGCCGCACCGUGCCGCAGCACAUCAUGGACGUCAUCAACGAGGAGCUCACCAAGCUCAACCUCCUGGACAACCACUCUUCUGAGUUCAAUGUGACUCGCAAUUACCUUGACUGGCUCACGUCCAUGCCAUGGGGCACCAACAGUGAGGAGAACAUGGCGCUUGGCCGUGCCAAGGAGGUGUUGGAGGAAGAUCAUUAUGGGAUGGACGAAGUUAAAAAGCGCAUCCUGGAAUUCAUAGCGGUGAGCCAGCUCCGAGGCUCCACCCAGGGGAAGAUCCUGUGUUUUUACGGCCCCCCAGGAGUGGGCAAGACCAGCAUCGCCCGCUCCAUCGCCCGGGCUCUCAACAGAGAGUACUUCCGUUUCAGUGUGGGGGGCAUGACCGACGUGGCAGAGAUCAAAGGUCACAGGAGAACUUAUGUCGGUGCCAUGCCUGGGAAGAUCAUUCAAUGCCUAAAGAAGACCAAGACCGAAAACCCUCUGGUUCUCAUAGAUGAGGUGGAUAAGAUCGGACGUGGUUACCAGGGAGACCCGUCGUCUGCGCUGCUGGAGCUGUUGGACCCGGAACAGAACUACAACUUCGUGGACCACUACCUGGAUGUGCCUGUCGACCUGUCCAAGGUGCUGUUCAUUUGUACGGCUAACGUGACUGACACCAUCCCAGAGCCACUCCGAGACCGCAUGGAGAUGAUCAACGUGUCUGGAUACGUGGCCCAGGAGAAGCUAGCCAUCGCUGAGAGGUACCUGGUGCCCCAGCUGAGGGCUCAGUGUGGCCUGACAGAGGAGAAGACUGCCAUCUCCUCCGAGGCUCUGAACCUGCUCAUCAAACAGUACUGCAGGGAGUCUGGGGUCAGGAACCUCCAGAAGCAAGUGGAGAAGGUGUUCCGGAAGGUGGCGUUCCGUAUUGUGAACGGGGAGGAGACAGAGGUAGAGAUUACCCCCAGCAACCUGCAGGACUAUGUGGGCAAGCCGAUCUUCACUGUGGACCGGAUGUAUGAUGUCACACCGGCGGGCGUGGUGAUGGGCCUGGCCUGGACUGCCAUGGGUGGAUCAACCCUGUUUAUCGAGACUUCUCUGCGGCGUCCCCGGGGUGCUGCGGUUGGUAAGGACGGGCCCGGAGAGGGCACCCUGGACCUGACGGGGCAGCUGGGAGACGUGAUGAAGGAGAGUGCCAAGAUUGCCUUCACCUUUGCCAGAGCCUUCCUCAUGAAACAGCAGCCAGACAACACUUUCCUGACCGAGUCCCACAUGCAUCUGCAUGUACCUGAGGGAGCCACUCCCAAGGAUGGUCCGAGCGCCGGCUGUACUAUCGUCACGGCGCUGUUGUCCCUGGCAACCAACACGCCGGUGCGUCAGAACGUGGCCAUGACCGGGGAGCUGUCCCUGACCGGAAAGAUCCUGCCUGUAGGGGGCAUCAAGGAGAAGACCAUCGCUGCAAAGCGUGCCGGCGUGACCUGCCUCAUCCUGCCCGCAGAAAACAAGAAGGACUUCUCGGACCUGCCAGAUUUCAUCACCGAGGGCCUGGAGGUGCACUUUGUAGAUCACUACAGCAAGCUGUUCAGCAUCGCGUUCCCCCAGCAGUGACCAGGAGACAGAGACACUGGCGGGAAACUUCGCUCUGCUGCUGGGGGCUGAAGGAAAGACCACAGGAGAUGAAGUUAUAUAGAUGAUUGACAAGCACACCAUUUUGUGGCCACUGUACGACACUAUGGGAGCAUGUGUGAGUUCUUCAGAAGACUGGACCUCAUAGCAGAACAGAGCCUGGCGGGCCUCAGAGGACUAACAUUUCAGGACCAUAGUGAAGAUCCCCAACAGACCAUCACCAGUUGGGAUUAUGACCUUGCUGCCACGCAGCCUAGAUUUACAGAUUUUUUUUUGUUUUUGUAUCUAUCAAAUAUGUAUGACAUUAUAUAUAACUGCUGUAAAUGCCUGACUACGGUUUAAAUUUGUCAAGUUUGGUUACUCUCCACACUAAAAUAAUUUCUUGUGACAGGU